AUGAAUUAUCAUUAUGAAAAUUAUAAAGAAAAGCUUACAUAAGUGUUAAAUAAAGCUAAAAAUGAAAUUUUAUAUGCAAAUCAUCAGUACCAUGAUUCAUUAUAAUAUAUUUACAUAAAAAAAAAAAUCAAGAAAUAAUUGAAUAAGAAAUUAAAAAAAUACAAGAAGCUGUUGAAAAAGGAUUUAAAUUUCAGAUGAUUUAGUUAGGUAAAAUUCAGUUUAUUUUUUAUUAAAUUAUGAUAAAUAAAGAUCUGAUGCAAAUAAAACAAAUACACCUUUUGAAAUUUAAAAUAAACUAUCCAAAUUUAUAAAAAAUUUAGAAAAAUCAAUGAGAUAAAAUAGACUAAUAGGGUUAAUAUAAACUGAAAUUAGCUAAGAAUUAGCAUAAUAAAUUCAUGAUUAUGAUUCUCGAUAUAAAUUGUCAGAAUAGAAUAUUUUAUAAUAAGAUACCUUAUUAUUAAAAAAAUGA